AGCGCAAACCGAGUCGAACACUUUCCCCUUCACGAAAUCUGGCGCCAAACCGAGUCCCCCACGGACACGACAGCGCGCGCACAGCUGGAAUUCCUCCAAAAUUCAAACCGAGUUCGACUCGAGUUCGGACAGCGCCGAAUCGAUAAAUUCCCCUCCCCAUCCCAGACCUAAAAUCUCCCUUUUUUCGUCGCGCCCGAUCUAGCACCGGAAACCCUAGCCCAAAUCGAAGCAAGAAGCAGAUCGAUCGCGCGCCGGAGAUCUCCAGCGAGCUCGCUCGCCGGGGAAGUAGCCAAGAAAGUCCCUCUGAGCUCACCUCGUCCGUCAAAACCUCGAUCAAAGCCCGGGAAUGGAGUCGCCGCCGCAGCUCCGGAAGGUCAUGGACCAGAUCCACGGCCGGCUCCCCGAAGCCAUGCUGAUCGCCCUGCGCAUCCAUUUCGGAACCCUACCCGCCUCCGCCGCCGCGGGCCGCGAGGACGUCGCCUGCUCUCUGCGGCAGCUGCAGUCGCGCGCGCGGCCGGACGCCACUCCCACCACCACGGCGCCGCCCGCGCCGCUGAGGCUGAUCUCCGGUUCCUGCUACGUGCCCCAGCACGACGAAGAUUCGCACUUCUGCCACGACGUGUUCGGCGUGGUCGCCGUGGCGGACGGCGUCGGGGGAUGCCGCGCCCAAGGCGUGGACGCCGCCGCCUUCUCGCGCGGGCUCAUGGAGAACGCCUUCUCCGAGGUGGCCACGUCCGAGCUCGGGAAGCCCGUCUGCCCCUACGAGAUCCUGGAGCGGGCAUACCAGCGCACCGCAGCCUCGGGCACGCCCGCGGCGUCCACCGCCGUCGUCGUCUCGCUGGCCGGCAGGGUCCUCAGGUGGGCGUACGUUGGGGACAGCGGCUUCGCCGUGUUCCGCGGCGGCAAGAUGCUGCGCCGGUUUCAGCCGCAGCAGUGGUAUUUCAACUGCCCAUUCCAGCUCUGCGCCGGCAACGGCAUCACCAAGGUCGGCGACGCCGCGGUGGGCGAGAUGGCGGUGGAGGAUGGCGACGUGCUGGUGGUGGGGUCCGACGGCCUCUUUGACAACGUGUCGGAUUCCUCCUUGGAAAGUUUAGUGCGGUCCACCAUGCUCCUCGGCUUUACGCCUGAAGAGGUUGCUGGCAUCAUGGCCUUCAAAGCAUAUGUCGUGUCCAAGGAUCCCACAACGGAUUCGCCUUUCAGCAUUGCCAGCCGGGAGCAGGGACAGCCUCGCACUGGCGGGAAGGAGGACGACAUCACUGUCGUGGUUCAAGAUUUGGAUUGGGCGAAGCCAGAAGCUCCUGCAGACAUGGCUUUUGAUACUGUGAGGGUCAAGGUUGAGCUGACCAAGAACUUUGAGAUUGGUGUCUCAAACAAAACUGCUGAAUUUGUCAUGAUGAUUCCCCUCAGAAAGAGGAAUGCUAUUGGAUGCUAUGUUGUACCCAAGGCUUGGUUUCAAACACAAAGAUCUUCUACGAGGUUGCCGUUAAAAGGAGUCUGGGACAUGUAUGGUAUAGACAGUUACUCUGGUUCUGUAACUACAAGUACCACAAAGAGAACACUCUGUCAUAUGUGGCCCUGAACAAGAUUGGCAGGUUCCUAUUGUGGAUGGAUCUGUGCUGGAAGAAUGCUUUUGGCAAGAUGCUUGUGAUUGGUUCUGUGGCGCCCUUCUGGGUCAAGGGACAUCCUCAUGGAGACCAAACUUGACAUCUCCGAUGAGGCCCAGAAGGAGCAGCAACGCCAUGAUUGAGGACAAUCUUGAGCUAUGUGCCUUCAAGUGAGCGGAGUAGUGCUUGGGGUCAAGACGGCAGCGUCAAAGAACUAUGUAGGACCUGAAUUCAGUGUUGAAACCAUGACCUGGCUGCCCGCAUCUCCUCUCUAAUCUAGUAGAAGAAGCAAGCGCAGACUACUUUGGUCUUGCCCAGGCUUUCUUCAGACUGGGCUGGCUUGAAACGGCAGUUUUUUUUUCUUUCUUGGGAAGGGUUUGUUUUGUUACCCAAUGCCCAAUUUGACCAGGUGAAAACCAGUAAAAUUUUGUGCUAUGCCAUUGGUUUUCGAGUCUA